UUUUUGCGAACUACUAAUUCUACCAAAUCAUUACGUACAUCCGGGUUAACACGAGAUGCGCACGCACCGCCAUGGUUCAGUGCACUUCACCAGGACGUGUCCCGUGUGCUUUUCUUUCGAACUGUGUAAGGCAUAUAGACGUGUCUUGUGCCUUCUUAUGACGAUGUCGGAUAUUGAGGAAAGCACUGAAGGGCUAUCAAAAACAUCAUUAGCAGCCAAAAUCGAGAGCUUUGUUGAUCCCAAUAAAGUGGAAUCAAGUGAUGCCUUCAAAUCCCUUGUUGAGGAGUUUAGUGUCACUGAAAAGACUUCGGCCGCCAUCAAUGAUGGUUUAGCUGAAAUAUUCAAUAGUUUGCUAAAAGACAAACUUCCUAAAGAAAAGCUGUCAGGAUUACAGGAGAAAUAUUUAAGACCAAACAACUGUCCUAAUCUGGUCGCUUCUAAGAUUAACAAACAGAUUUGGCAACAACUUCACCAAGAGACGAGAAAUUCUGACUCUGCACUCCAGAAGGCCCAAGCCCUAUUGAUAUCUGGCCUUUGUGCCAUACUUCAACUAUGUAAUACUUCAGAGGGAGASCAAAAGAGUACCUUGACUCAUGCAGUCGUUUUGCUCCUUUCUGCUAACAGAGAGUUUAAUCUGAAGAGAAGGGAUUUGGUACGACCAGAUCUUAAUAAGCAAUAUGCAGCACUAUGCAAUCCCUCUACAGCUGUAUCCACCUAUCUGUUUGGAGAURAGCUUAAUAAAGAAKUAGAGGAGCUUACCAAGUCUAAUAAGCUUUGCAAUAAAGUCACCCCUAAACAACGUACAGAACCUUACAGAGUUCCUCCCUCAAGGGGUCAUGGACGUGGCCGCUUUGGUCCACAUAGCAACAAAGGGAAAGGUCCAAAAUAUGGUGGAUCACCUUUUUUAGGGGCAGGCCGGGGUCAGACCMGGCCCCAAAAUCCUCCAAGAAACCAGCAGAACAAGAAUCAGUAGAGCCAUCAACGCAGGUGUGUGCAAAAAAUAAUCCAGGAACAGGCAUCAGGAAUUCUAAUCAUUCCUUUGUGRCCGACACAACCCUAUUUUUCAGUAGUCCUGAGUCUCCUCACCGAGAUUCCUUAUGUACUGAAAGCCUCCAAUCACAACC